AUGGAGCCCGUAGAGGAUCCCCACAAGAGUGCGCCAGUGAUCCGUGGCGGAUCAGACGCUCGGCAGCGACUUCCGCCAGUGGUUCGCCGGGCGUCUUUUCCAGACGAUCUCGUGGUCGCGGGCGAUCCUAACUUCACGUGGUGCGGCGACUCUGGCGGCGAAGCGCAUCCGCGAGCGGCGUAUUCGUCCCUCCACUCCGUCGGACCUGCUGACGACGCGCUGCUCGUACCUGCUGCGACGGCUAGCUUGAAUCUUUCCCUUGGUCCUCCACGCGCUCUUUUGCCGUCCUCGAGGCAGCGAGCUCGCGACACCUUCGUCGAGAGCCUUCCCGCCGUCGCCAUGGACGUCGCGGACGCUGCGGCGACUGCGACGGCGCAUCGCGAUGAUCAGACCGGUGACGGGAAUCUGACGGUUCGCACCUUCACGUUUCCUCUUCCCGCUGACGAAUCUGCCUCGCCGCGUCCCGGUUUUAAGCGAGGCCGAGGCCUCCCCGACGAAGACGACGACGACGACGACGGCGACGACGAGGUGCAAGGGCGGGAACGACCGUCGCGGUCUUUUUCCUCACCGUCCAGUGCGGGUGUCGCGAGACUGAGCACUGCGAAGUUCGCAGGUCAGGGAAGCGGCGGCAGCGGCAAGAACAGCGAACCGUCCCGCGGUAAGUUGUCAGGACGACGUGGCGAGCCGGCGGAUGCGGCAUUGCCGACCGAGAUCAGGCGAAUCGCUAGUGGCGCUCGUCUCGCUGCUCCGUCUCUCGUGCCACAAGCCUGUGCUGACCUAGACCGCCAGGGGCUGUCCCCCGAAUCGCGCUUCCCGCAGCCUGUAAAAAACGCGCACACCACGGAGUCGCCGCCGCCACUUACCCCCGCUCUCCCGCGCCCCGUGGGCCCGCAUAUUACGCAGCGCGACCGCGUCCAUAUGAGUUUCGCACGGGGGCCCCAGGCUCCGCAAUUCCCGCAGCCGCCGCCGCCACCUUUCCUGGGCGGCUCGACUGGUGUGGCCAGCUCCGCCGCCACCGCGAGCAGCGCUGCGGCGGCAGCUCCCGCCACAACUGUGGCUGCCUCCGGGGGGUGGAAUGGUCCCGACGGCUCGAGCUUGCUCAUGCACAGGCGGCUUCCGCCCGUCGCUGACGCGGGGACGGGCUUGGGCGCACGGGGUGGCGAUGAGAGGGGGCCCCAUGCCCUUGGGCCGGAGGACGAGCAGCGCGAGGCCACCGCGGACGCGGCAGGCGGAGGGGAGCACGGGUGGCAGUGGCACACGCGGCUACGGCGUGCGCGCACGGAGGGGCGGCUGCUGGGGGAGGUGUCGUCGCACAACAGCAACACGUUCGCCGCGGGCGACGAGCGCAUGGCGGGGCCGCUGGGCUUAGCGCGCCUGGAGUGGCAGGGGCUGCUCGCUGCAGGCGCGGGCGCGAGGUUCGGCGGUGCUGAGGAGCGCAUCGCGGCCUUGCUGAGGGGCGCGGGGGGAAACGCCACGGACAGUGGCAAUGGCGGCGGGGAGACGGGGGUGAAGCGCGGAGCAACGUUUCUUACUCCGCGCACGGAGAGUAGCGGGCCUGGGUGGCAAUUAGCGCAGCAGCAGAUCAACGCAGCGGCGCUCGUUUCCGCUGCAGCUGCUGGCAUUGCACCGUCAACCCACCAACGGCAGACGGCGCAAGAGCUGGCGGAGGCGCAGCCAGUGGCGCAACCGAGUCCCCCUCUGCUGCCGCGGUUGCCCGCCCAGCAUCCAAGCGGGGGCGCGCUGCUGUCGCCCCACGGGGUGCGUCCUCGCCGCGUGUCCAGCUUCGACUUCUCGCUCAUGAGCCACAAAGUGCCCCCACCUCUCCCCCGCGCCGCAUCGUACCGCGACCCACCCCCUGCCCCCACCGCUGCAGCAGUUGCAGCGGAGGGGAGGGCGGGCGGAGCUGGGUAUGGCGGCAGCGCCGCAGACGUGGGAGGACGGCGCGGGUCGGAAACUGUAGGUGGGGGCGGGGCGAGCGUGAGUCGAAGCGGAAGGGCUGGGGGAGGAUCAACGGCAACAGGGACCACCGGGGCUGGGGGGGGAGGGGGGAGCAAGGGGCGGUUGUGGUGUGGUGAGGAGGGGUACAAGUGCAAGGACUGCGGCAUGCGCUUCACCAACGCACAGGCGCUGGGAGGCCACAUGACGGCGCACACCAAGCGCCGCCGCUCCAACUUCGCGAGCUACAGCUUCAGCGACAUGGGGUCGGGCGGCAGCACCGCGUUUGCCAUGGCAGGUCCCACCUCCAUCGCACCGCCCGCUGUGCCUGCUGCCACGCCCCUCGGCCUCACUGCACCCCCUGCUGCCAUCCCUUCAGGGGCGCCCCUUACACACGCCGCUUCUGCAGCAGCGGCUGCCUACUUGGCCAGUGCAGGCGCAGGAGCAGCGGCAAUCGGGGGAACAGUGCCAUCCGCGCACGCGCAUGCAGCGGCAACGGUAGCAGAGCCCGUCCUAGGGUCGCUGCUUGGCCUGGGCCUGGGUGGCGCAGGUAGCAUGGGUGUGAUGCGAGGCAGUGGUAGGGACGUGGGGGGGCACAGUUUGCAGGAGCGGAGCAGUGCAGCCGCACGACAGCAGAUGGUUGGGGGGGGGAGGGCAGACCUGGGAUCGGGCAUUGGUGUGGGCAGCAGCAGAGAGAGAGUGGGCAGAGGGUUUGAGGCGAGGGGUGGUCGAGGUGAUGGCGGGGAGGAGCUGGAGUGGAGCCCGAUGGGAAUGCAGCGACAGCGGUUGGUGCAGGCAUCGGAGAGCAGCCAGCCCACAGUGCAAUUCAAAUCAGACCCGUCGGACCUGUCGGCGCCAGAGCUGGUGUCAGCAAGAGCAUGGUGUCAGCUGGAAAGGUCCAGUGGAGGGGCAUCCACGCCCCUUGCUGCAGGCCUAUCUCCCUUUGCGCAUGCUCUAGCAGCCACAGCUGUCCCUGGUGCAGAUGGCCCCCUCUCCUCUGCUGCUGCUGCAGCUGUUGCAAACGCACACUGGGCUUCCUUCAACUCAGCCCCCUGCAUGCAACAAGCUCUUUUGCCACGUCUCUUGCAGCAGCAGCAGUAG